AGAGGUCAUCAUUCACUCUCUCAGUGCUCCAUCUAUCGAUAGGGGUGGGACCGAAACCGCACAUAAACACUCACACAGACAGACAGGCACACGCACACGCCCUCUCCGUAGGUAGACACACACAACUCCUCGUAAGGAAACCAAAAUCAUCAUCGCAGCGGCGUGUUGAAUAGGUUGUCGACGAAGCUGUCGGCCGAUGAUUCCCCAUUGGAAGCUGUCGGCACUGCACCCACAGCAGUCAGUACAAACAAGACAGACACAUUGGGAUGAUGCUUUGUACCGUGCGGUGCAUUGGUGUGCUCCCACUUGUCUGGUUGGUGUGUUUGACAACCUUGGCCGCCUUGGCCGCCUGACACGACACACAAGCCGAGACAUCCAUCAUACACACGACACACACACAUGCCCACCAUCAAUUGCCCGACCUGACCUGCCUCCCUCACUUUGUUGUCACUGCGUCGUUUCUUGGCCUCGGCCUUCUUGGCUGCAUUGUGGUGGUUUGUCUGGUGGUGGUCCUGCUUCAUGUUGAGCAUCCCGCACACACAGUGGUUGACCGUCUUGCGCAGCCGCGCCGACCCAAUGGUCUCGUCGGGCGCAUAGCGGAAGAAAAAAGGCUCGCCGCCCCACCAGCCACGCACCGUCGGAUGGCUCUCGUCCUCACUGAGUCGGCCGACCUUCGCAAAAACGAUCUGGUCGUACUCGAACUCGCGGCCCCGGCCACCGCGCUGGCGGCUGGCGGCCGUCUGCUCGUCUGUCAUCAUGCCGUCUCUCCGUGUGGGUGUGAUGUAGAUUGCGGUGUCUUGUGGCCAAUGGGGAAGGCCUCUGAGUCGCAGGCAGACGGGCGUGUGGCGGGGCAGCUUGGUGUGAGAGCGCUGCUGGUAAGCCACCCAGGUGCCGUCUGGCGUCAUGUAGACGAUGGUCGGCUUCUCUGUGGCCCUCUGCCAGUCGGCAAUGAGCGUGUUGGCCACGACAACUGCACACACAGACAGACAGACAGAGGCACAGACAGACAGACAGACACAGACAGAGAAUCCAUGGACAGACACGCAGCACAUAACAGUGCUGAGUCGCCGACCGUUGACAUUAUCUGGCGGAGCGUAUGGCAGUGCAUCUUGAUUGGUGUAGUAGUUCUGGGGAGGGGCACCGUAGCUGUAGCCGUCAGAAUCAAAGUCUUCGGCCUCCAUGACCUGAGGCGGCAGCACAGGACAGCCGGCGCCUGCCUCGCCGACGGCCACAUGCAUCCACCCACCCUGUGUGUGCAUUCGUAGCUGCUCUACUGCAGAUAGAUACUGCAGAUCUCGUCUGUGCCAAUGAGGCCCUCACAGCCACGCAGGCACCCCCUCACCACAGGAUCCCGGAUAACCGAAAUCUGGCGGCGCUGCUCGCCAACGAGCUUCUUACUGCCGGCUGCCUCUGCGCCAGGGCUGCUGCGUGCUGCUGGUGUGUGUAGGGGAAGGCCCAUUAAAUAUGCCACACCGAGGUCCCGAUAAGCAGAGUGCUGCAUGGAUGGAUCGGAACGGC